GGUUGGAGUUGCAGCAGUUGUAUAAAAGUGUUCAACCACAAGAUGGUGGCAAAUAAUUGUUUAAGGAUUGGACCAUAAUCAAUAAGUUUUUUAUAUUUACAGUAUCAUCAGGUCUCUAGUUUGAAGAUGAUGCUUCAUUUGCCUCAGUGUUGGAAAUAAGUCACAAAAAUCAGGCUUUAGUGAUUGUUUUCUCAUUUUAAUUACUCAUUCAUAACAUAUUCAAGUUUUGUUCCUAUUAGAAAUUGGAACAAUUUCAUUUAUUGACAAAUGUCCAGCCCAUACAAAUAUGUACUGUAUGUUUAUUGUAGACAUAUGUUACAUAAAUAUAUGUCCAUCCCAAAGUUUGUCAGUAUAUGUUGAUAUUUUAUACAGUAGGGACCAAAAGUCUGAGACCACUUUCCCAGAAUGUUAAGAUGUUUAAAAUUAAUGAGGAAUUAAUAAGAAAAUUAUGGUUGCAACAUGCUAUACAAUUUAAAGAUAAAUGCAUUUUAUAGAUAUUUUGAAUAUGUAUACAUAUACAAACAUUGCUAUGUUUAUUUCAUAUAUAUAUAACUUAUAUCCAGAGGAUGUAGUUACAUAUAUACAUACGGAAGUAUGUCGUAUAUUACUUUUCUGCAGGAGUAGUGUAUUUGCAUGAAUACAGCAACCACACAAAAAGCCUUCAACAUACUGUUACUCCAUUAAGUAAUUAGCGUCCUUCACUUUUUUGCACACUUUAUUGUGCUGCGGAUUUUAUUUUAAAUGACAAUGCUGGUGCCAUUUUGGCCAAUUAAUCUACUCUCAAUAAUCAAUAAUGACCGAGUAGGAGAAGGAGAACCUCUUCUGGCAGCAGGUAACUCUGGGCACAGCUCCACACCUGGAUUUAACAGUUUAUCCCAGUCUUCCCGUCAGUUACCACUGAAAAGCAAUAUACUGUAAUUUAUUAUUUUAAAUAACUUGAAUUAUUGUUACAUGCUCCUCGUGACUUUACCUGUGUUUUCACGCUGUAAGAGAUUUCACAUGGGAUCUGUUAUUUAAGAUUAGAGCCACAUGUUCUGCUGCUGAUUCAGCUGCACACACUGUUGAAGUGCGAUCUGCAGCAUGUUUUUAUCAUUAACUGAACUACCAUCCCCCACAUUUAUGAAUCCAAUGGGGAUAUGUGGCAUUUGCAUUGUCAUUUUUCCUCUGCCAUUUUGUAACGGGGGAAAAAAUAAAACAUUUGCGGAAGACAUUUUCCUCUAGAGAGAGGGGAGGAGGCAUUUAAGCUUCAAAGCUUUGAUCUAAUUAUAAAAUAUCAGUGAAUGAGGGCCAGCUUCCUGACCUGACCUUGCAACGACACAUGUGUAUUUUGGCAGGUGGUUGUGGGAUAACAACCUGACGUGUCCAUGAUAAGAAAUGUGUCCCUGCAUGUGCCACGUUGUCUAACAGUUGUUGAAUCAAACCCACAUUUGUUUCCUUUUUGAGGAGCAACAGCAGGGGACAUCUGAUCUGAGCCAUGUCUGGACUGAACGCAUCCCUGGGUUACUUCGUGGCUGUUGUGAUUUUUGCAGCCUCAGUUCGAACGCUCGUUAGAAAAUGGCCUCGUUUUAGCUUCAUCUUGGAGUUUGCCUCAUCCUUCAUGCUGGUGGCAUGCUGGCUGGAGGUGCAGACCAUUGUAGAGGUGGGAGAGUGGGCUGGGGGCUUGGGUCCUGAUGUGACUGUGACCAUGCUGUUUGUGUUGCUGCUGACCCACGGUGUGAUCUGUGGUGGCAUGUCAGGGAAUCCCACCCUGGCUGUGCAGGGGUUCCUGCAGCUGGAGGCCACCACCCUGCUCACUCUGCUCACUGUUGUAGCCCAGUUUCUCGGGGCCCAUCUGGCCCUCCUUGUGGCCGUAUACUACUGGGGCCUGGAGCUGACAGACAUGCACAUGAUCAAAAACCUGAUGGCUAGAGAGUGCAGCACAUCUCUGCUGGUCUCUUUGCUUCAGGGUUUUUUCACAGAGUGUGUUUGUGCGCUCAUCUUUCACCUGGUCCACCUAAACCUGCGCCGCAGGUCUGCUCUGAUCAGGGUUCCUCUGAUCGCUGUCCUCCUCACAUUCCUGUCCCAUACAGCCAGAGGCUACACCUCAGCGUACAUGAAUCCAUCUCUGGCCUACGGCCUCACCUUCCACUGUCCUGGAUUCACCUUCACAGAGUAUGCAGUGGUCUACUGGCUGAGUUCUCUCACGGGAAUGACUCUGGCUCUUCUCUUGUACAUGGGACACAUCCCGAGGAUUUUCGCCAAGAACCUGUUUUAUUUCCAGAAGACACGAUUCAGAGUGCCAAAAGGAGACAAAGCAGAGAAGAAGAAACAGUGAGAGAAACUAC